AUGGAGGAAACAAAGCGCCGUCAGGUUAUGUCCAGGUGGUGGCCAGGGGGAGCCUUGAUCUUGGCGAUUAUUUUCUUCAUCGCCGGCGGAGCCCAAAUCAAAGCCUACUACAGCAAAGCCGUCCAGAGCUGCGAAGCUGACUGGGACCACGGCAACGGCGACUACGACAACAUCGACGAUAUCCCAAACUCAAAAUGCGAGGGCCCUAGGGGCCUGGCUAUUGGUGGAUUCAUUUGUAUUGUCCUCGGAUUCAUCUUGGGUUUCGCUGCUGUGGUUCUCUUGGUCUUGCAUUGCACCCGGAGGAGACGCGCGCAGAAUCCUGGUGUUGUCUAUCACAGCGCCCCCGUUACCGAUUAUGGGUACUAUUCUCAGCCUGGCUACCCUCAGCCUUACGAACCUUACGCCACCGUUCCUACUCAACUUCAGAGCUACCCCGCGCAGACCGUGCCAUACAAUGCUCCUGCUCCGGAACAACGACCUUCCGGCGAGCAAAAUAAGCCUUUGGCUAAGGAGGGAAAGGGGGAAACGCUCCUGCAAGAUUCUACUGAAAGACUCUGCCUUCACGACGCAUAG